AUGGCGUCAAUAGAGAAUAUGAUUGCUCGUUUUUGUGCUUUAUUAUUUCUAAUGAUCACAAUGCUUCUCUUGCUCAGCAGUGAAGUGGAUGUGCAGAUCUUAAGGAUGAAGAGCAUUAAUAAUGAAGGAUGGAGUGGCAGUGGUAAUCCAUAUCCUUGUGAUGAGAUAUACAUUGUGGGAGAGGGGGAGACCUUGCAUAGCAUCAGUGCCAAGUGUGGUGAUCCUUUCAUAUUGGACGAGAACCCUCAUAUUCAGGAUUCUGAUGAUGUUUUCCCUGGCCUUGUCAUCAAGAUCACCAGGCCUUUGUUUUAG